CACACAUAACUUAUCCAUCAUCUCGUAAAAACGGAGAGAACCAAAGGUCCACGGAAAAGCAGUUGGGUGAGUGACACUGUGACACAGAGAGAGAUGCCAAGCUUAACGCUCUCAGAGAGCAGUUUGAUGGCACAUUCAUUGCCCCCAUGUCCUAAACCUCUUAAACCACAAACCCUUUGCUUCCUACCUUUGAAUUCUUUCUCCAAGAAACACAACUCUUCUAAGUUUUCCUAUGGAAACCACCCAAGUUCUAUUUUCUCCAGGUUUUCAAGACAAUGCUGCGUGAACUCAUUUGAAGAGACAUUUGGACUUGUUUUAUCGAAGCAUUCUAAGAAUCGGGAUGGCCUUGGGCUUAGGGACCUUGGUUGCAAGAAUUACCAAAACACCACAGGAACAGUUUCAGUUAAAUCACUAGUGAAGAAAAAGUCAUUAAGGGAGAAUCAUACGGUGGCCUCUGCACCAUCAAAUGGCGGUUUUCUGAAGAUUUUGUUGAUCUUUGGAUAUCUAACACUUCAAGGCUCUCGGCCAGCAGUUGCUGGAACAGAUAUCUCAACUGCAUUGCAAUCAAUUCCUUAUUUAGGGGACCUUGGUGAUAUUAGCACAGGUUUUGCUUCAGCAUUCUUGCUUAUAUUUUUCUCUGAACUCGGGGAUAAGACAUUUUUUAUUGCUGCACUUUUAGCAGCUAGGAAUUCUGCUCCCAUUGUUUUCACAGGAACAUUUGGUGCACUUGCGGUGAUGACUAUCAUAUCUGUUGUUCUUGGAAGAACUUUCCACUAUGUUGAUGAAAUCCUUCCAUUCAGGUUGGGUGAGACUGAUUUGCCUGUUGAUGAUAUUGCUGCAGUUUGCCUUCUGGUCUAUUUUGGGGUUUCAACACUUAUUGAUGCCACAUCAAGUGAUGGUCUAAAGGCAGAAGAUGAACAAAAGGAGGCUGAGUUAGCAGUUUCGGAGUUAUCAGGAAAUGGCACUGGGAUUUUAGCUGCUGCUAACACCAUUAUCAGCACUUUCCUCUUGGUUUUUGUUGCGGAAUGGGGUGACAAAUCAUUUUUCUCGACGGUUGCACUUGCAGCAGCUUCUUCACCUCUUGGUGUCAUUGGUGGAGCCCUGGCUGGUCAUGGUGUUGCAACUUUGAUUGCAGUUUUGGGAGGUUCUUUACUUGGGGCAUUCUUAUCAGAAAAGGCCAUUGCUUACAUUGGAGGAGUUCUUUUUCUUGUCUUUGCUGCUGUAACAUUGGUUGAGAUUGUGAGUUAAGAGUUAAAAAUUACAAUCAUUUUCUUGUAGAUGUAAAAAAUACCAAUUCAUAAAUUUCUUGUACAUGUGAGCAAGAAGAAUUUAUAAGCACAGCGUAAUCAAUGUUUAUUUUUUUA